AUGUUUCGAAGACUCAGACGCAUGCCGCGGCGGCUACACCCGCUAGUCGUUGCGGCUAUGUGGCUCGCCGUCCCACUCGCGCUUGAGAGCCUCUACCACCAGCGAGGCUACAACGUACCGAAGCCGGAGCGCGAGAUGGACGCCGCCUUCUUCGGCAGCGAGGGCUGCCUGGAUCCGGUAGAGAUGGCCAAGGGGCCGCGCGAGAAGGCGGCGCUCGUCAUGCUGGCGCGCAACUCGGAGCUGGAGCAGGCAAAGCACACAGUCGAGUCGGUCGAGCGCCGCUUCAACCGCUGGUUCCACUACCCCGUGGUGUUUUUUAACGACGAGGAGUGGGACCCCGAGUUUGUGCGCCAGCUCAACGCUACGGUCAGCGGAGAGGCGAGGUUCGAGGUCAUUCCCAGGGAGGUGUGGUACUUUCCGAGCUGGAUGGAUGCGGACAAGGCAAAGGCUAGCAUCAAGGACCAAGGCGAUAGGGGGGUCUCGCAUGGUGGGCUGGAGGGGUAUCAUCACAUGUGCCGGUUUUACUCUGGCAAGUUUUACAACCUGGAGGCGCUCAAGGAGUUCAGGUGGUACUGGAGGUUAGAGCCCGACGUCGACUUUACGUGCUCAAUAACCUACGACCCCUUUGUCGAGAUGGCCAAGCGCAACAAAAAGUACGGCUUCACGAUAUCGCUGUGGGAGGAGCGCGACACGUGCCCAACCUUGUUUCGCCACAUGGCGGACUGGAAGGAGGCCAACCACGUCCCGACCAACAACCUCUGGAAGGCCGCCAUCUCGGCCUCGUGGGUGCCCUGGCCGUUCCGCAACCUCGUCGCCUGGCUGUCGCACAGGGACAGGUUCGGCGACAUGUGGAGCGGCUGCCACUACUGGAGCAACUUUGAGAUUGCCGACAUGGACUUUUUCCGCGGCAAGAAGUACCAGGACAUGUUUGAGUACCUGGACAAGAAAGGCGGCUUCUACUUUGAGCGGUGGGGCGAUGCUGCGGUACACUCCAUCGCGGUCGCCAUGCUCUUGGACCCGUCCCAGGUCCACCACUUUGACGAUAUAGGAUAUCGGCACGACCAGCUGUACCAGUGCCCCGUCAACUCCCUCGGCAACCAGCUGCCUGACAAUCCCAGCUUGGGGACGGACAAGAACUGGGCUCCCCCAGCGGAGGGGGGCGUCGGGUGCCGCUGCGAGUGCGACGGCAGGACGACGCCGCGCAACCACCCGGGCUACUGUCUCAACAAGCUCAAGGCGCCCAACACCAGGAGCCGACCCUGGUUUACGUGGUUCUUGUAA